AUGGCGGCUACAGACGUCUUCAAAGUGUCCAUACUGGGAAAGGAAUCAAUCCACUGUGGCUUUCACCUGAUCCCCCACAUCGCGACCACAGUAUUGUCGACACUGCCAUCGUCCACAUACGUCUUGGUCACUGACACACAUGUCGCGAAUUUCCAUCUAACGACGUUCGAGGAAGAGUUCGUGGCUGCCAUUGGACGAUCGGAGAACGUUCCUACACGGCCUAGGUUUCUGAGCCAUGUCAUUCUUCCCGGAGAAACGUCCAAAAGCCGCGAGGGGAAGGCCAAUAUUGAGGACUUUCUACUACUUAACAAAUGUACGAGAGAUACCGUCAUCUUAGCCCUCGGAGGCGGAGUGAUUGGUGAUCUCGUAGGAUUUGUGGCCGCGACAUUUAUGCGCGGAGUACGCUUUGUGCAGAUACCCACUACUCUUUUGGCCAUGGUUGACUCAAGUGUUGGGGGAAAGACUGCUAUAGACACACCGCAGGGCAAAAACUUGAUCGGUGCCUUCUGGCAGCCCGAGUACAUCUUCAUCGACGCUGCAUUCUUAGAAACGCUCCCCGCAAGGGAGUUCUCGAAUGGUAUGGCCGAAGUAGUUAAGACCGCAGCUAUCUGGGACGAAACCGAGUUCGCGUCGCUGGAAUCUCGUUACAGCGAGAUCUUUGCAGCUAUACAGACACCCUCGCGGGACUACUCGGGCCGCACCAAAGCUACUCGUUCCUCCGCUCAGGAUAUCUUGCUCUCUGUCAUUGUGGGAUCAAUAUCUGUUAAGGCACAUAUCGUCACCAUUGACGAACGCGAAACUGGCUUGCGAAAUCUGGUCAAUUUCGGUCACACCAUCGGUCACGCUAUUGAGGCUGUCUUGACGCCGACCAUCUUACACGGCGAAUGCGUUAGCGUUGGUAUGAUCCUGGAGGCGGAGGUGUCUAGGCAACUCGGUGUCCUCAGCCAAGUUGGUGUAGGACGACUUUCACGAUGCUUGAAAUCGUACAACCUGCCUAUAUCUUUGUCCGAUCCUCGUAUCGCCAAUCUCCCCGCCUCAAAAUUCCUCACGGUCGACAAGCUUCUGGACAUAAUGCGCGUUGACAAGAAGAACAGCGGCCCCGAAAAGAAGGUCGUUAUUUUGUCAAAAAUAGGUGCUACGUACGAGCAGAAAGCGACAGUGGUCAAGGAUGAUGUGAUCGCUAAGACGUUGUCUGAGGCCGCGAGAGUGGUUCCCGGUAUUCCAUCCAAAGAUCCUGUCAGAAUGGCCACCCCAGGUUCGAAGAGCAUCUCUAAUCGAGCCUUAGUCCUAGCCGCACUUGGCCAAGGCACUUGCAGGUUGAAGAACCUGCUCCACUCCGAUGACACAGCUGUCAUGAUGGCUGCACUAAUGGAGCUGAAGGGGGCUAGCUUUUCAUGGGAGGACGGAGGCGAGACACUGGUGGUCCAGGGUGGUGACGGCUCGCUUUCCGUUCCACCCAAAGGCAAGGAACUUUACUUGGGAAAUGCAGGCACUGCCGCACGAUUCCUCACUACCGUGUGUACACUCGUCCGAUCGACAUCUUCCUCCGACGGCACUACAACCGUCAUCACUGGAAACGCACGCAUGAAGCAGCGUCCUAUCGGACCCCUCGUGACCGCUCUCCAAGCGAAUGGAGCCCAAAUCGAGUAUCUUGAAUCGCAGGGCUGUCUUCCGCUUUCAAUUGCACCCAACGGUCUCAAGGGCUCCAGAAUCCAGCUCGCUGCAAGCGUUUCUAGUCAAUACGUUUCUUCGAUCCUGCUCUGCGCGCCGUAUGCCGCUGAAGCCGUGACGUUAGAACUGACUGGUGGACAAGUAAUUUCGCAGCCGUAUAUCGACAUGACCAUCGCUAUGAUGAAGACAUUUGGGGUCGAUGUGAUUCGGCGCAGAGAUUCUGAAACGAACAAUUUGCUAGAUAUCUAUGACAUCCCGAAGGCUGCGUACACCAGUCCUCCCGCCUAUGCCAUCGAAUCAGAUGCCAGCAGCGCGACCUACCCGCUAGCCAUUGCUGCUAUUACUGGGACCACUUGCACCAUCGAGAAUAUUGGGUCCGCCUCAUUGCAGGGUGAUGCACGCUUCGCGAAGGAAGUACUCGAGAGGAUGGGGUGUAGCGUCACACAAACAGAGACUGAGACAACGGUCACUGGCCCUCCUAUCGGUAGUUUACAGGCGAUCGAGGAAGUUGACAUGGAGGUGAUGACCGACGCCUUCCUCACCGCUACUGCUCUUGCUGCGGUCGCCAAGGGGAAAACCAGGAUCCUAGGCAUAGCGAACCAAAGGGUGAAAGAAUGCAAUCGAAUUCGAGCAAUGAUUGAUCAACUUGCUAAAUUCGGUGUCGAGACAAACGAGUUGGACGACGGCCUGGAGAUUAUAGGGAGGCCCAUCACUGAGCUCAAAGAAGGUGUGAGCGUCCACUGUUAUGACGAUCACCGCGUCGCGAUGGCCUUCAGUGUCCUGGGCUCCGUCAUCAAAGGCACGAUUCUUGAGGAGAAACGCUGCGUCGAGAAGACUUGGCCCAACUGGUGGGACGACUUGGAAAACAAGAUUGGCCUAAGAGUCGAAGGGGUUGAACUGCCUCCUUCGAACGCAACUUCUUCUGUCGGCGCAUUAUCUCCUGAGUCGGCUGCAUCGGUGGUGGUCGUUGGUAUGCGUGGUUCUGGAAAGACUUUCAUCGGCCAACUCGCGGCUUCCGCUUUGUCGUGGACCUUCGUCGACGCGGACGCUUAUUUCGAAGAAAAGCACCAGACAGGCGUUCGGGAGUUCGUCCACAAAAAUGGCUGGCCAGCAUUCCGAGAAGCAGAGACCAGCCUUCUGAAAGAACUCCUCACUGCCGAUGAGAAAUCUACGCGACAUGUGAUAAGCCUCGGCGGUGGUAUUGUCGAGACCGAAGGUGCAAGACAACUUCUGAAGGAUUACGCGACGAAAGGACCGGUGGUGCAUGUUAUCAGGGAAAUCGAUGAGGUAGUGAAGUACCUAGGCGCCGAGGUAUCCAGGCCGGCAUACGGAGAGCCUAUCACGGACGUUUUCCGACGAAGAGAACCUUGGUACAAGGAAUGCUCCAAUUAUGAGUUCGUUAAUUGGGUGACCUCUGAGUCUUCUGCUUCGGACGAAGUAACAACCAGAAAAACCACCAGGGCGGAAGUGGAAAGGUUCUUCAAGCAUAUUACAGGAGAGAGCCCAAACCUUGCACACAAUCUCGCGCCGGGCAACCGUUCAUACUUCCUCUCCCUUACUUACCCGGACGUCACGCCUGCGCUUCCCCACAUCGAGGAACUGACCACAGGGGUCGAUGCUAUCGAAUUGAGGGUUGACCUCCUGCGUUCGCCUGAAGACUUUGAUGUGGUCGGCAAAUAUAUUCCACCAGCAACAUACGUUGCUGAACAAAUCGCCCUACUGCGUCGUUCGACUACGUUACCUAUCGUGUUCACAGUCAGAACGGCAUCACAAGGAGGAUCCUUCCCUGAUAAUGCGGAUGACGAAGCGUUCGAGCUCUUGAAUUUGGGGCUUCGCAUGGGUGUUGAGUAUAUCGAUGUUGAAACCUCAUGGCCGACUAAAAGAAUUCAAGGCCUCGUGUCAAGGACAGGGUUCUCGCAGAUCAUCGCAUCUUGGCACGACUGGAGCGGAAAGGUGCAGUGGAGUAGCGGCGCAGUCAAAGAGAAGUACGACGCGGCAAAAGAAUUCGGGGAUAUCGUCAAGAUUGUGGGGAAGGCCAAUCGGCUUGAAGACAACUUCGAACUGUUUACCUUCGUCAAGAGGGUGUCUUCUGUGCCCGGAGCGAAGCCCAUUAUAGCCAUUAACAUGGGGACGGAAGGCCAGAUGACAAGGAUUCUCAAUACUUCCUUCAGCCCUGUGUCGCACCCCCUUUUGCCCAACAAGGCUGCCCCUGGCCAGUUAUCCUUCCCUCAGAUCCAGCAGGCUCUACACUUGCUGGGUCAGCUGCCUUCGCGACGAUUCUUCCUCUUCGGUACUCCCAUCGCCCACUCAAUGUCACCCACAUUGCACAAUACCGCAUUCUCUCUGCUCGGAUUGCCAUAUGUAUACGAACUGCUGGAGACGAAAGCCGUCGGCGAAGAAAUAAAAGCCGCCCUGGCUAGCCACGAUUUUGGCGGCGCAAGCGUGACUAUUCCGUUCAAGCUGGAUAUAAUUCCCUUGUUAGACGAGCUCUCGGCAGCGGCGCAAGCCAUCGGCGCCGUCAACACCGUUAUUGCAAAGCCAACAGACAGCUCAAAGAUCCUUUAUGGCGACAAUACUGAUUGGAUAGGAAUCCGCACGUCGGUCGUUAAUAUCGUUGGGGAGGGUAACAUCCAUUCAGCCUUGGUGAUCGGCGCAGGGGGGACUGCUAGAGCAGCCCUGUACGCUUUGACCAGUCUCGGUGCGAAGAAAAUCUACCUAUUCAAUCGAACUAAAAGCAAGGCACAGGAGCUGGAGGCCGCGUUCUCCAACAGCGCCAUUGAAGUCAUCGAGGAGUUGGGCUCCUGGUCGUCUGAUCCUCCGAAUGUCAUUGUAUCUACGGUGCCAGCGUUAGCUACCACGAUUGAAGCCCACAACACUGGCUUACAGAUUCCUGUGUCGGUCUUUAACUACCGCUCCGGCCCCGCUGUCGUGGUCGACAUGGCGUACAAGCCUGCCGAGACACCGCUGCUUCAACUGGCGAAGAGACUCGGAGGAGACAAUUGGACGACGGUGCCAGGCGUAGAGGUGCUUCUGGAGCAAGGGUAUCAACAGUUCAAACUUUGGACUGGGAGAGCUUGCCCUCGAAAGGCUGUUUCUUCUAAGGUUUGGGAGAAGUACAAUGCCUCAGUCUGA